AUGGAAGUGCCUGUAGCAGAAGCAUUGCCAGGGAAAGAAAAAAAGCGUAAAAGACAGCCGGAGAAAUGGAAGGCGAACAAAGCGAAAACUGACAGGUACUCGGCGAAAUCUUUGCCAGAAAACAUAACCUGCAAUCAUAACACUAAAUUAUUUGCGUGUAAACAAUUAAAAAUACUAGAUCUCGUGCAUUUUCACAGAUCGUUUUACUCAAAACCCAUCAAACAUCAUCAAGAUGCAUUAAUAUUAAAGUGCUGUUCAGUGAAGAAAACAAUCAGAAAGCGGCCCGUAAAAAACACUAGAAAAAGUAGAGAUUUUGCGAUUAAAUACACAAUUUACGCAAAGUCACUUAAGAAGGCAAGUCCAGUUUUCCAGAAAGUAUUUUUAAAUACACUAAAGAUAACGAAGUAUCGUGUUCAGUUCGUCAUGCAAAACUUUUUUAAAUCUGGUCGGAUUCCUACAGAAAAAAGAGGCGGUGACCACAAGAAACAGAAGUAUGCAGCACAAAGACAAUCAGUUCAUGGCUUUUUAAAGUCUUUAAAAUACGUUGAAGCACAUUAUUGCAGAGGAUCAUCGCAGCAACGUAAAUAUCUACCUAAUGAACUCGAUGUUAAAAAAUUAUUUAAACUUUUUAAACAAGUGCACCCAAACAGCCCAGUCAAACCAUCUUACUUUAGAUCUAUCUUUAAUGAGGACUUUAAUCUUGGUUUUGGGAGUCCAAGGACGGAUGUAUGCUCGAAAUGCAUUAAACUGCAAGAAAAACUGAAAAACGAAAAUGAUCCAUCGAAGAAAAGCCAACUGAUGACAAAGAAAAGGAUACACAAACUAAGAACACAAGCAUUUUUUAAAUUACUCAAAGAUAAAAAAGAGCAAAUGAUUACGUUCUCAUUCGAUUUCCAAAAGAAUUUGGUACUUCCAAAAGUAUCCGACCAGAGUUGUUACUACAGCAGAGAGCUUUAUCUGUAUAAUUUUACAGUAGUCCAGGGUUCAUCGAAAGAUCCCUUGAAUGAAAACACCACAUUUGCAUACAUCUGGAUAGAAAUGAAUACGCUAAAGGUUCAAACCAAAUAG